UAUGGAAAUGCUUGAAAUCUUCAACCAAAUUCAAUUCAGAAACCAAAUCAAUGUGUUGAUUGUUUGGGACUUGUGUAUUCUGUGAUUCUUUCGUGUUGGAUUUAAUCCUUUUAUACCUUGUGAUAUUUUUCAGGUUUAAAGGGUAUGAGAGAGGCCUGCAUAACCGGCUUAGACCAGACGACAUAGGGAAGGAACAUGGGUAUUUAAAGUCGUGUUCAAGGCUCGAGUAUUAUACAUUCUGGUGUGUGUAAAGGUAUUUUAAAUAUACACAAUGAAAUGUAUCUUCUGGUGUCACGACGGUUCUCGGCUCCUUGUAUCUUCGCUGCUGGACACGAUAUCAAACCAAUAUACAAAAUCGCGAUGAACGGUACAGUGGAGCCAUACACGAUACUUAUUGAAAAUGUUUAAUUUCGGAGUUCUUUAAUAGAAGGUUUGUGUGCGCUGACUUUCGUGUUUAAACGGACAUAUCUUAUAUAUAUAUCUAAGUGACUCUCUCUUGUGUACACAGACUUGUUAGUCUGUAGGCUGGAGUUUAAGGAACUGACUAGUGUUAGGACUAUGGUCAGUGCUAACACGGAGAGAUACAAGACCUAUUGGAGGGCGUCUGUGAUAAUCGAUCGUAGUACUCGCUCAAUAUCUGAGAAAUAUUUACAUAUUUAGCUGGGACAUAGAUGUGUCAUUGACGUACCACUGUCGAUAGUGACUGGCUGCCGUUACAGCACCUAGUUAUACAGGUGUGGAAGCCGUGCAAGUAUGAGGAGGUGAAACAACACAGGUGUGUGGAGGUGAAACAACACGUGUGUGGGGAGGUGAAACUAUAAAGGUUUGGGAUAGUGGAACUACCAGCUGUGAAGAGGUGAAAAUACAGGUGUGAAACUACACAGCUGUAAAGAGGUGAAAAUACAGGUGUGAGGAGGUGAAACUACACAGGUGUGAGGAUGUCAAAAUACAGGUGUGAGGAGGUGAUACUACACAGGUGUGAGGAGGUGAAAAUACAUGUGUAUGGAGGUGAAACUACACAGCUGUAAAAAGGUGAAAAUACAGGUGUGAGGAGGUGAAACUACACAGGUGUGAGUAGGUGAAAAUACAGGUGUGUGGAGGUGAAACUACACAGUUGUGGGUAGGUGAAACUGUAAAGGCUUGGGAUAGUGGAACUACCAGCUGUGAAGAGGUGAAAAUACAGGUGUGUGGAGGUGAAACCACAUAGCUGUAAAGAGGUGAAAAUACGGGUGUGAGGAGGUGAAACCACAUAGCUGUAAAGAGGUGAAAAUACAGGUAUGAGGAGGUGAAACCACACAGCUGUAAAGAGGUGAAAAUACAGGUGUGUGGAGGUUAAACUACAUAGGUGUGAGGAGGUUAAACCUCACAGGUGUAGGUAGGAGAAGCCACACAGAUCCAAGGAAGUGAUACGGCAAAAGGAAACACUAGAUAAGGCGAUUUGUGUGUGUAAACCCUCGAGUACUGACAAGUGAAGGGAGUUUCACUCGAUAUACAUAAACAUAUUGACUCGAAUGCCUUGUGCUGGGCCGAUUCCAAAUAUAGUACGAAGGAAUAAAGACGUAAUUGAAAAUGCGAUUGAUCAGUUGCGAGGUGAAGAGGAUGUUCAAACAUUAGAACGUGGCGACCUGUUUCACGACAAACGUAAGUAGGAUGAUAAGUUCAACAGACAAAACUUGACGGAAAUAAACUUAAUUGAAAGUGGUAUUGGUGAUUUGAAUAAUGGGUAUAUCAUUAACCUGCUCUUCAGAUGUUUAACAAUCACCAGGGAGUAUCGAUAGGUAAACAUUCAUUCGAGAACAUUUCCACGGAUAAAUCCGGACCGGAAGUAGCAAAUGAUUUGCGAAGACAUUUAAAAGCCGAGAAGGGCAAUGUUCUAACUGAGUUGUCAAAUGUAAAUGGGACUAGUUGUGUGAAAAGUCAUCACUCAUUGCCUUUAAACCAUAAAAUGGUAUCAGAAGGAGAAUGUGAGAGGAAAUUGACAGUUGUAAUGGGCGAAAAGAUGGUGUAUGAUUUUGUUUCGCGAAGAGAUACUGCGAGACGCAAUUUGAUGGGCCAUUUAUACACACGUCAACCCGUGUUAAAACGGAGUUACUCGUUUGUUGCCGGUGAACGUCCUUCGACGGAAACGUUACUCCCACAGCUUCACAGGAGAGAAAAACAUUCCGCUAUUAGUUUUAAUUCCGAAAAAUAUACAAAACCAGGACGGACUGUUUAUAUACGAAACGCAAAACAAUGGCAGGCAGAUAAAAAUGUAGAAAAACGGAACGGGGUUGUACAGUCACCUGCGGGUAAAAACAGCGCAAAUCACAAAUCUCUGAAUACAAAUGGGGGACGUCCUGGUAGUCACCAGAUCAGUCUGCCGGAACUUAUCAACGACAUAAAUAAUUCAUCCAGGAUCCACUCUCCGGGGGACUCGGAUGACGAGGAUUCAAAUAGUGUCCACGGGCGUAAUGGACCUUACCAUUUAAUACGAAGCAUGGAUGUGAAACCGACUAUUCCUUUGAAGUCAAAAACGGUGAAAUAUCGGCCAAUUACUCCCGGCGUUAUAGAAAAGUUGAAUAAAUUACGAUUGUCAUCUAAGUUACGCACAGAGCAGUGGGUAAAAACUCUUCCUCUGGACUACCGAGCUGCGUAUUCAGAGAUAGAUGAUAAUAUUACCGAAUCUUCUGAACAUUCACCUAAAGAAAAGGAAUGGAUUUAUACAACCACUUAGGACUUAUAUAAUUGAAUAUGUGCAGGAGUUAUUCUUCACCUGGUAGAUUGAACCACAUGUAUAUGAUUUACCGUCCGGUGUGAACACGUGUACGAGACAUCGGCAGGUUCGAAUGGACCACGCGUGUUUAUAUGGGAUGUAGUUUUGACUGGUUAGACCCAAUAUUUGACACGCUAUGACGAUAUCAUAGAAUCCUCCACUCCCUUGGAGGUGAAAUAGGUGCAUCUCAACCUGAGGUGAAAGAUGAUUAAGUUAGCAAAAACGAGGUUUACAUACAUUGUGCCACUUACUAAUCUUUUCCCAGGGGUGAGGUCUCCCAUCUCACCAACAAAGGGGUGAAUGAUUAUUUUUCUCUUACCCUGCUGACCUUAUUAGGAAAUGGUAUGUGAUAUAUCUUGGUUUUCCAGUCGGCUUCGCAUCGUUGACGUGACGUCAGUUAAUUGUUACUGUGACGUCAUACCAUUGUCAUGACCGGGGAAUUCCCCAUUUAAAACCAAGGAUGAAACAAGGCAAUCUGACACCAGCAAAAGAUGCAGGGUAAGACAAACUAGAGUCGGAGUGUUAAUAACGUGACUACGCAUUAAAGGAAACGAAUUGUAAAUUAGCAAUUGUGGUUCUAGCACAUGUUCAGGAUAAGACUUUAAACAUCAUGGAAUAUCUCAACAUAUGUCACUUAAAACUGUCACCUCAAUCUCUUUGUCCAUGUAAAUAAAGCAAUUUCUAAGCAAAUUACUAUAAAUUUUAACAAGCUGUACAGCUGACGAAGAACAUCCGAACGCGCCAAAGCGUUCAUAAGAUUUUGAUGAAGCAUCUAAAUGACUCGGUAGUUCUUACGUCUAGACAGACAGGUAUGUUAAUUUCUCAGCGCAAAUGGCCUAUAUCUGAUUAUUUUGGAUUAUGCUGGAAACAAAACAGUUUUUUCAUAUCUUAAGUCCAGUCUUGAGUAAAAACUAUUUAACUUCGGUGUUGAUGCAAACUCGAUGAACUGUUAAGAUGGAAACAGUUCGUCACCUUGUUCCCAACACCGAGUGUUGCCUGAAAAUAUAUGAGACUGCUUUCUAUAUAUCUAUGUUAAAUUUAUAUAAUAUAUGAACAAUGACAUUGUAUUCGCUGUAUAUUUUAUUUUCCACGGAAAUUAUUUACAAAAAUUAAAAUUGAUAAA